ACCACGUUUUUUUCUAUUUCGGCAAUUUGAUGUUUCAAAUCUCGCUGGCGAUCUCGGAAAUGUUCACCUUGAUUCACCAACAAAUGAUGACAGACCUAUAUCAAGAAGCUCACCAUCAAUUCCGAGAUCAUUUGCUAGAUCACUUUCAAGAUCGCUUUCCCAAACUCUUAAAAAAGGAAAAUCAAAGGCUGAAUUCAACGUCGAUGUUCUCCAAUACGAUGGAGAGCCCAUUACCAUCGCUUGUAUAGCCGAAGCUGAUCAUCGUGAAUUUUAUGGGGCUCGUGUUACUGAUAGGAUCCCAGAUUAUUUGAUAGAAAUGCUAAGCAAUAGAAGAGGUCUGUCAUUGUUUUUCCUUGGGGCUGGAAAUGAAAUUACUUCAGCAUCUGGACUUUUGUUUAAGUUUGCCAGAG